AUGGCGUCAUCUAGGGUUCCGAUCAUCGUCUUCCUAUUUUCUCUUCUAACGCCGUUGUAUAUUGGCGGAAUAUCAUGUGUCGCUGCCCAUACUACUAAAGACUCGUCAUCACAAUCGAAAGAGUUCGUUCUGACUCUCGAUCAAUCCAACUUCACCGGAACUAUUAGCUAUCAUGAUUUUGUCGUCGUCGACUUUUAUGCACCUUGGUGUGGCCACUGCAAGAAACUUGAUCCAGAGUUUGAAAAAGCUGCUUCUAUAUUGAGUAGUAACAACCCCAUGAUUGCUUUAGCAAAAGUUGAUGCCAAUGAUGAAAAGAACAAAGAUUUGGCUAGUGAGUAUGACAUAAAAGGUUUCCCAACACUUAAAAUCAUUAGAGAUGGAGGAAAAACUAUUCAAGAUUACAAAGGACCAAGAGAUGCAGAAGGAAUAGUUUCUUACUUGAAGAAACAAGUCGGGCCCGCUUCUGUUGAAAUAACAUCUACAGAAGAGGGCAAUGCUCUUGUUGAUGGAGAUAAUAUCGUUAUCGUUGGAGUGUUCCCUGAAUUUUCCGGAGAAAAGUUCGGGGUAUUUUUGACUUUAGCUGAACAUUUGCGUUUGGAUUAUGAAUUUGCUCAUACAUUAGAUGCAAAACUUUUACCACGAGGUGAUUCGUCUGUAGUGGGGCCCAUUGUCCGUUUAUUCAAGCCAUUUGAUGAACUUGUAGUAGAUUUUAAGGAUUUUAAUUUGGAUGCAUUAGAGAAGUUCGUUGAGGAAGCAACCAUUCCUACUGUAACCGUCUUUAACCUCGAUCCAAAGAAUCACCCGUUUGUCAUCAAAUUCUUUAACACUCCCAAUGCAAAGGCUAUGCUUUUUGUGAACUUUAGUAGCAAGCCUUUUGGUGCUUUUGAAUCCAAAUAUCAAGACAUUGCUAAUGAGCACAAGGGAAAGGGAAUAAGUUUUCUAAUUGGAGAUGUUGAAGCUAGUCAAGGUGCUUUCCAGUUUUUUGGAAUUAAGGAAGACCAUGUUCCUGUGAUGGUUAUAAAUGAUGAUAAAGAGAAGUAUGUGAAACCAAACGUAGAGCCUCAUCACCUUGAAUCAUGGUUGAAGGAGUACAAGGAUGGAAAAGUUACACCAUAUGUAAAAUCCGAGCCUGUACCCGAGGUUAAUAAUCAACCAGUUAAGGUGGUUGUUGCUGACAAUUUCAAUGACAUUGUUUUCAAAUCAGGGAAAAACGUUUUGUUGGAGUUUUACGCCCCGUGGUGUGGACACUGCAAAAAGUUGGCUCCAAUUUUGGAUAAAAUUGCUGCUUCAUUUGCAAAUGAUGCGGAUGUUAUCAUUGCUAAGAUUGUAAGAUCCAUUGACAUUUUCAAAUUCAUUAAUACAAAGAGUUAUCUUAACAAAGUGUCUAGCACUUUAUGCAUGUUUGAUGUGAAGCUGAAUGAGGGUUUAAACCUAAAGACACCCAAAAUAUUUUUUGAUGACUAUGCUGAAGCACAUGCUAAACUCAGCAACCUUGGAGCUAAGUUUGAUCCUACCGAGGGGUUUUCAAUUAAUGAUGAACCUGCAGCAGCAGCAGUACCUGAGAAAUUUGUAGCAGCCAAGUACUCAUCUGGAAAGAGAGAGCUUUCAGAUAACAUGAAGCAGAAGAUUCGUGCAGAAUAUGAAGCUGUUGGAGGAAGCCCUGAUAAGCCUCUUCAGUCUAACUAUUUUCUCAAUAUUAUCAUUGUCAUUGCUGUUUUGGCACUUUUGACAUCUCUACUUGGGAACUGAUUCGUUUUUUUUUUUUCUUCCAUUUUUUUUAUAGAGUUUGUGUUUAUAUUUUGGUUUUGGCUUUCCUUGAGAAUGUGUAGAGAUGCAAUGAUUGAUUGAUAUAGUGGUUUACUGUGAGUAUAUUUAAUGUUGUCCAUUUUCUUAUAUGAUCUUUUGAGGUUGUGUUUGAAUUAGGUUACUUUCUGAUUGAAAGACACGUGUCUGGCUCAACACAAUUAGUCAAAAUGAAAUAUGAAGGCUAU